UGAUAAUGAUAUUGAAAUUGAUGAAUACGAAGAUGAAAAUUUAAAUGAUAUUUUGAAAAAAGAAAAAAAGAAUGAUAUUGAUAAUGAUUUUAUGUUUGAUAUAGAAGAAGUUCGAGAUAAAAAAAACAAAACUAUUAUUAAAGAAAUUCAAGAUGAAUUAGGUAAUAAUGAUGAAAAAAUUAGUAAAUGCGUUAAACUUAAAAAUAUUAAAAAG